AUGGAGGAAAUGGUGACGCUCUCUGGAGCUCACUCCAUUGGAGAUUCUCAUUGCUCUGCCUUCUCCAAAAGGCUUUACUCUUUCAGUGCAAGAUUUCCACAAGACCCUUCGAUGGAUGGGGCUUAUGCUGAAACUUUGAAAUCCAAAUGCCCAAGGCCUCGGAAUUUGACAGAUUCUGUUGACCCAGUUGUGGCUUUUGAUCCCUCAACGCCUGCUCUGCUUGACAACAACUACUACAAGAACUUGGUCAGCCACAGAGGGCUUUUGGCUUCUGAUCAGGAGCUUUGGAGCAGUGGGUUGACGAGGAAGAUGGUGAAGUACAACAGGAACCAUCCGGGUGCAUGGGCCUCUAAGUUUGCUGCUGCAAUGGUGAAGAUGGGUUCCAUUGGUGUGACGGUGGGGAGAAAUGGAGAAAUCAGGAACAACUGCAGGGCUGUGAAUUAG